AUGCUGUGGCCGCUCCUCUACCUGCUCGACUCGCUCUCCUCGCAGUACCGUGCCGCCGCCGCGGCUUCGUGCCUCCCAACUCUUCCCAUCGCCGCCCCACCGCGGAAUGCCACCUCGGGGAGAGCGACCCAACCCAGCCCAAAGCCAUCAUAUCGUGGCACUCCGUCCAACCCUCCUUGGUACAACAACGACGACGACGAGGCCGUCGUCACUCCCUCCAUCCCCUAUGACCCGCCGGCGCUAUGGAAAGUGUUCGAGAAGGUCGUGGUCGAGCGGCUGAUGAUAGACGUCCUGUUCGGCGUCCUACUCUCCGGCGGGCUGGAUUCGUCGCUGGUGGCGGCCAUCAUCGUUCGCCACCUCACCGGGACAGAGGCCGCCAGGCGUUGGGGCACCAAGCUCCACUCCUUCUGCGUGGGCCUGGAGGGGUCCACUGACCUCAAGGCGGCCAGGGAGGUGGCAGAGUACCUAGGCACCCUGCACCAUGAGUUCCACUUCACCGUGCAGGACGACAUCGACGCCAUCGAGGACGUGAUCUACCACACGGAGACGUACGACGUCACCACAAUCAGGGCGAGCACGCCCAUGUUCCUCAUGUCGUGCAAGAUCAAGUCCCUCGGGGUCAAGAUGGUCAUCUCCGGCGAGGGCUCCGACGAGCUCUUCGGAAGCUACCUCUACUUCCACAAGGCGCCCAACAAGGAGGAGUUGCACCGAGAGACGUGCAGGAAGGUUAAGGCUCUGCAUCAGUACGACUGUCUGAGAGCCAACAAGGCGACAUCGGCUUGGGGCCUGGAGGCUCGCGUCCCGUUCCUGGACAAGGAGUUCAUCAAUGCGGCCAUGAGCAUCGAUCCUGAGUGGAAAAUGGUCUGGCCUGAUCUUGGAAGGAUUGAGAAGUGGGUGCUGAGGAAGGCAUUCGACGAUGAGGAGCAGCCAUUCCUGCCCAAGCAUAUCCUCUACAGACAGAAGGACCAGUUCAGUGACGGCGUUGGGUACAGCUGGAUCGAUGGCCAGAAGGCUCAUGCAACAUCAAAUGUGACUGACAAGAUGCUGUCGAAUGCGAAGUUCAUCUUCCCACACAACACUCCGACCACCAAGGAGGCCUACUACUACAGGAUGGUCUUCGAGAGGUUCUUCCCACAGAAAUAUGCUAUCCUGACGGUACCUGGCGGGCCAAGUGUGGCGUGCAGCACAGCUAAGGCCAUCGAGUGGGACGCCUACAAUAGGGUCUUAUAG